GGGCACGAUGUCGGUGUCAGUAAGUGGGCUCGGACCGUUCUGGAGGUUAUUUCUUUUUGUUUAAAACGGCGGAGAUCCCGGGAGCGGCCUGGUAUUUGUCGGAGCGAACCGGGUACCUGGGUGUUAUCAAAACCAUGCAGGGCUACUUGGCGUUAACAGUGUAUCUCUACAUACAAAUCAGUGUAUGUUUAAGGACUGUGGAUUGUCUGAUUGGGAAAGCUGCCUACAUUAUCCCUGAGUCACCAGUAAUAGUGCUCGGUUCACAACUAACAGCAUCCUGCAUUCUUAAUGAUUCCUUCAUAAAAGAAAAUAAAGUUGAUGCAAAUCAGAUAUUCUGGAAUUUGAAGGGAAUGAGAAUAUCAGAGGACAACUAUCACACAGUCAAUAGUACUGUAUCUAAUGUAACGCUGAGACUUUACAGUGUUGGAAAUUCACUUCUCACUUGCAACGUGCAACUCAAUGAGGAUCAAGUAUUAACUGUCUUCGGUAUACAGAUUACAACAGGAUUGCCACCAGAAAAGCCAAAAAACUUGUCAUGUAUUACAUAUGAUAGGAAAAAUAUGACCUGCUCCUGGAAUCCAGGAAACAAUACAUACUUACCCACCAGCUACCAAUUUAAAGUAUUAAUUGCACCUAACAAUUUAAAGUCAUAUCCACUGCCAGAAGGUGUGAACAACUCUUAUGCAAUUUUGUUCCCAAGUAUCCAUUAUUUUGUUUUCAAUACGAUCUGGGUCGAGGUGAAGAAUGUCUUGGGUAAUGCAACAUCUGAUUCACUACAAUUGGAUCCGGUUGAUGUUAUAAAACCUGAUCCUCCAGUGAUAACUUCAAUACAACAAAUUAAAAACAUGAGCACAGUCUUGUCUGUGAAGUGGGAAAAGCCAUCUGUACCAGCUACGUAUAACCUCAAGUAUAUCCUGCGAUAUAAAAUUGUUGGUUGUCAGGAAUGGAUGCAGGUUCCCCCUGAGGAUACAGACACCCAAAAGGAAUCUUUCUUGAUACAAGAACUGAAACCUUUCACUGACUACGUCUUCAUAAUUCGCUGCAAGAGAAAUGAUGAGACAGGAUACUGGAGUGACUGGAGUUCAGAGAAAAUUGGAAAAACACCUGAAGCCAAGCCAUUACGAGGUCCACCAAUUUGGAGAACAGUUGAAAAUCUGGAUUUUUCAAAGAGAAAGAUCCAUAUCAUGUGGAAGGAAUUAGAAAAGUCAGAUGCUAAUGGGGUUAUCCUGAAGUACAAGAUGACAAUUAAGAAGAGUUCUGUGAAUAUCAAAACCAUUGAAACAACAAAACUGGGAUGGAAUAUUACAGUUUCAGAUGGGGAAUAUGAAGUCACACUUAGUGCCAGCAAUUCAGCUGGUGACUCUCCGACUGAAAUUUUAAUACUGCCUGCAGCAACAGAAUCAGCAUUCCUGCCUGUACAAAAUGUCAGUGCCUACCCUCAAGAUGGUCACUUGAUGGUGGAGUGGAAGCCUUCUAGCUCUGCAGUGAGUGGCUAUGUGAUAGAAUGGUGUGAAGAGUCCAUCAAGAAUUUAUGCCCUGGACCCCUAUUCUGGCAAACUGCGCAAAAAACUGCAAGGAAGGUUUUUAUAAAAGAUAAUAUAAUGCCAUUCAAGCGCUACAGGAUAACUAUAUACCCGAUGUAUCGUGGUCGACCAGGAGCUCCGCUUUCAAAACUGGCAUAUCUGCAGCAGGAUCGUCCAGCAAGUGGUCCUUUAGUUCGUCUGAAAAAUGUGGGGAAAAAUGAUGUCACAUUGAUGUGGAGUGAAAUUCCUGUAAAUGAACAGCGUGGUUUUAUCACACAUUACACCAUAUUUUACAGGAAUUGCAUUGCAAAUGAAACAAGUCCAAGUAUUGUUGUUGAUGCAAUGAGUCGAGAGCAUGAGCUGACUUCAUUAAAAGGCAAUACUUUGUAUGGUGUACGUGUCAUGGCGUCAACAGUGAAAGGAGGCACAAAUAGUUCUGAAGUUAAUUUCACCACUUUAAGUUAUGCAAAAGGAGAAAUUGAAGCAAUUGUAGUGCCUAUUUGCCUGGGUUUUCUUUUGAUCACUGUGGUGACUAUACUUUUCUGCUUCAACAAGAGACAUCUGAUUAAAAAAUAUAUUUGGCCUAAUGUUCCAGAUCCUGCAAAUAGUAGGGUUGUCGAAUGGUCACCUAGCACUGGAAAUCUCAUUCAGAACAACCUAGGACCAAAGGAAUCUAUGAAUUCAGAUGGUUUUAUUUCUGACGUUACAAUUGUUGAAGCUGAUGUUGAUGAGGAGAAAUAUCUAUCUAAUGAAGAUGAAAUCAAGCAAUUGACAUCGUUAAAGAAGGAGAAGAGUACAUCAGAAGAGCACAGCAGUGGCAUUGGAGGCUCUUCAUGCAUGUCAUCCCCUCGACAAAGUGUUUCGGAUAGUGAUAGUGAGUCUGCACAGAAUACUACAAGCACAGUCCAAUAUUCAACUGUAUUAGUGAGCAGCCCCGGUUACAGGUGCCAGCAACCAUCAGCACAGGCUUUUACAAGAUCAGAAUCAACGCAGCCUUUAUUAGAAAAUGAAGAAAAGGCUGAUGAACAUACAUAUGGAAAUUUUGGAAGCUGCAGUUCAGAAGUAAAAAGACUGUAUUUUAAACAGCAUGCCAGGAUUGAGGAGACAAAUUUGAAUGAGCCACAUCCAAAUGGAGCAGAAAUCUUGGGUGAUACAAAUGAAGACAAUUCUCUCAGACUAAAUCAAAUGGAAGUUUCAGAUCAGACUUCAGACUUGGAGGGAUUCUGUCCAGCAGUGGACUCGUUCCAAAGCAGUGAUAAUCAAACUGUGGUCAAACUGGAGUUUUUAGGAUUUAGAGCAGGUCUGGAGACCGAUCAGCAAAGUUAUAUGCCUCAGGCUGUGAAACAUAACAGUUAUAUGCCUCAGUCAAAAUAGAAAUCUACCUUUUUUCUUGGUGUUUAUGAUAAAAAAGCUUUUAUUUCACAAGCUACUUGUCAAAGUUAUGAACUGCUGCUUAGUGUUUGUAACCAUCCUAAGUAGACUUAAAGAAGCACGUGUACUGUGAACAUCCGUGGUAAUGUCAUGGCUUCCUCUGAAAAUUGUAUCAAAAUACUGCUGUAAAUAUUUUAUUUGCAAAGUUGUUGAUAGCAGUUUUUGGGAAUAAUUUGCAUUGUUAUCUACUUCAUUAUCCACUCAGAUGUUAAACUUGUGCACAGAAAUAAAGCUGUCAUUCUUGUACUUAUAAGACACCCAUAUAGCAAAGGGUAACAGACAGCUGACUGGUGUAUGCCUUUAUAGGCCGGGGAGGGAGGUGCAUAAAAUUAAUCUAAUGUAGGCUUAGAAAAAAUACUGCAUACCAUGUUGGAUUUUGAUUACAUUAUUUCAGGAUUAGGUUAGAUGAGUGUUGGAUUUUUUUUUAAAUUCCCCUGACUGUUAAUAAUUUGCCAGCACAUUCUCUCAGUAUUGUAAUGCAAUGUAUUUGACAUUUUUAAUUUUAUAAUUAUAACUAUUAUGAAGUCACUAUAUUGACGUUCUCUAAAUGAGAGUGCUGCAGUGUUUAAUGAGUUCAUAAUUCCUAAUUCUGUUAUAUCUGAUUCCAAAUAAUUCUUCUAAAUAGUUUUGAAUCUUUUUUUAAAGAAGGUACAACUUGACUAAGAAGGCACAAAAUGAAUUUGAUUGCUGUUGUUAUAAUAGCCUUUAAUAAUGAUGAAUAUGAUGUAGCCAUCUUGAUAUCCAAUUCCCUUAACCAUACUUAGGAGCGUUGUUACAAUCCUAAUAUGAUUAUUUUUAUUUUGAAAAAUAAAACUCAGUAAAAAUAACUAUCAAUCUAGAUGUUAGCACCUGUGAAUUUUAGUGGGGGAAAAAACACUACAACUUUUUUUGACCAGGGGAAAAUAUUAAAUUUACACUACUAUAGCUGUAUACCUUAAAACCUAUUUUUCUAAUUUGUAUAGUGUUAAAUGUAUCCAUUUCACUUAUUUGGAGAUGGUUGCAAAAAUAGUGUAGAUCCUGCAUAAAUCACACAUGUAAAAUGUGAAGCAUAACACUGGAGCAGUGAGCUUUUUUGUUCAGUGGAAUGCAGUAUUCGGAGUUCUCCUAAAUCAGGAUGUGGCAACAUUUUUAAAUCUCUUGCUACUAUAUUUGCAGAAUUUGUAAUGGCAAAACCGUUACACACACAUACACACAUACACACACGCAUAUAUAUAAGGGUAUUCUUAUAAAGAUAACAAUAUGGAAUGUUGAAGAUUUAAUACUGAAGUUUGAAUGUAAAUUUAUCAUGCACAAUUUUAAAGGAUGUAUGCCACUUAAAUAUACAGUGUAAUUAGUGUUAUAACACAUUACGAUGUUCUGAUCAAUUCUGAGCUACUUCUCUUUUCUCAGUGUAAACUAUAUUUAAUCACGUUACCUGCUGCACUAACACUAUAAAACAUCUGCUUCAAGCCAAAAACUUUCAAUUACAAGCUUUGCUAAUAUUUGAUUCGCUGUACACGUACGUGUGGUGAUAGUUGUACACUGAGAAAUUGAUAUCCAUUAUAAAAUUUAAAAGUAAUUGUAUUUCACCAUUAAUGCCCUGUACUGCAUUGUUCAAGACUUAUUUAAAAAUUAAUGUAGUCAUUCAUUUCUGCUUUACUGUCCUCACGAUUUAAAGUUCUUUCUACUUCUGAAGGAUUUCUUGUAUAUUGCUAUUUUCCCUUGUCCGUUUUCUAAUAGCAUAAGAUUAACUUUGAGCUGAUGGUCUCUGAUCUGAAAGUUAAUAUGCUGAUGACAUUUUGUAUCCAAGGCAGCAUUGUAAUCCAAUUUCAUCAAGUGGAGUUUUUUUGGAAUUGCCUUUAUCAUAAUAGUGGCAUUUAGUCAGAUUUUAAUCUUUCUGGUAAUUAAGAUCACAAAUUAUGGGGCUAAUUCUGUGCAGCAAUUGAUGUAAGUUCUUUGGGUUGCUAUUGCACUUGUACAUUGUACAGUUAUAAUAUUUUUGAAAUUAUUGCUGGACAGCCAAAGCUGUGGUUAGCAAUGGAAGAUUUGAACUUUCCUAGUAAGUUUGAAUCCAAAAUGAAGCUCUUUUCUCAAGUUUUCUUGCGAAUCCUCUACUCAAUAAUUUUUUUUUGUUCCCUGUAUAUUUCUUGCCUCCAAAAGUCUAAAGCUGAAAGUGUUGCAUAGUUCUGAUUAUUAGUUCAUUAACUUGAAAGACCUGUAGCCUUAGAAUUGAGAUUUUUGGAUGAAAUUGGUUACAUACUACGUCGUAAGGGAUUACCUAGUCCAUACAAUUUGCCACCUAGAAAUGGUCAAACAUUUCAUUAAACAUUUAUGUUUAAGCUCAACACGCACUGAAAUAAUAUAAAUAAAUUUCUUUGAAGCCCAACUUUUUUAUUAAAUGGGCAAAGUGGUUCUCUUUAAUUCUUUUGAGGCUGAAUAUAAUAUGCAAUCUGUUCCUAAAAGGCUUGUACUUUAACAUAAAGCAUGCUCAAUAUGAUAAUGUGCUCCUUUGGGAAUAAUGUAACUGUACUAUUUUGUUGAUUUGCUUUUCAAGAAUUUUGUGGCAGUAAGUAGGACUAUAUAGUGUAUAAAAAUGCAGGUAGCUAAAUGUUGCAUUUAUUUUAAAUACAUGAGACAAUAAAUCAUUCAAACUUUUACAGCUAUCAAAUUGAUUUUUCAGCUUUGAGUAAUGCAAUUUAAUCUUCUUUAUGAUGCCUCUCCAGAUAGUGUUUCAGCAAGUGUUUGGGCUUGGAAAAAUGUUCCACUUAAUAACCAAAGAUGGAAAAGUAUGUUUGGCCAGUUAAAUAUCGUAAGCUUGGGUUUGGAUGUUUGUGGAAAUUCUUUAUUUUCUGUAGAACUGUAAAACAGCUGCAACACUAAGUAAAGCAUUUGGUCCAUUGAAGUUGUGGUAGCUCUCUGCAGGACCAUCUCUGCUAAUCCCACUCCACUGUCCUAUUUUUCAUACCACACAUUUGGCUGAAGUCCUCCAACCCUAGAAACAAUCCAAUAAAUCCAUUUUUUAUUCUCUAUAAAGCCUUCACAUCCUUCCUAAAGUGGGACCAAAAUAGGAUACGCUACUCUAUUUGAAGCUGAAAUAGUAUUGUCGAAUCAUGGAAUUUUACAGUGCAGAAGAAGGCCAUUUGACCCAUCUUAUCUGUACCAGCUCCCAAAAGAGCUACCCAGCUAGUCCCAUCUCCAGCUCUAUUUCCAUAGCUUUCUAACUUCAUCACUUCCAAAUAUAUAUCCAGCUCUCUUUGGAAACGUCUGAUGGAGUCUGCCUUCACCGCUCUCCCAUGCAGUACUUUCCAAGUUUUAAAAAUUCUGAGGAAAGGAAUUUCUUCUCACUCCAGACAGUCUUGAAAUUGUGAUUUAAAAGCAGAUAGAAGUGCAGAUACUAUGUGUCAGAAACAAAAACAAAUUGCUGGAAAAACUGAGCAGGUCUGGUAGCAUCUGUGAAGACAAAUCAGUUAACAUUUUGGUUUUGAGCAAGGGUCACUGGGCUCAAAACGUUCACUCUGAUUUGUCUUGAAAUUGAAUUGCCUAAUUACUAACAUACCAACUAAUGGAAACAGAAUAUCCUUCUUUACUCUGUCAAAAUUGUUCAUAAUUUUGUACAGCUCAAUAAGGUCACUUCUUAAUCUUCUCUACUCAAAGGACAAUUAAAUCUAACCUCUCUAAUCUUUCCUUGUAAACAUCAUUCGUCGUUCCUGGUAUCAUUCUCGUAAAUCUCCUCUGAAUUGUCUCCAGGCAUUAACAUCCUUCCUUAAAUAAAAUGCCCAGAACUGAACACAGUGCUCCAAAUGUGUUCUGACCAUUGAUUAGUAGAGGUGUAGCAUCACUUCCUUGCUUUUACACACUGCCUCUAUUUAUAAAGUCAAGAAUCCCAAAAACUGCUUUUGCUGCUUUCUCAACCUUUUGUGAUUUUAUACAUACAUAUACACAGGUCACUUGUAUUCGUGCAUUCUUUUAAAAAUGAUGUCCAUAAUUUCAUAUCAUUUCUCCUUGCCUUCCUACCAAAAUGUAUCACUACACACUUGCUUGACUGCGUUGAAUUUCAUCUACCACUUGUGUGUGUUCUGUUAGGCAGCCUGAAUCAUCUUUAUAGUCUGUUGCUAUCUAAAAAUCUCAUUUAUGUCUGAAAAACAGCCAUUCACAAUUGUUCUGAUUCUGUUAUUUAACCAAGUUUGAAUCAGUGUUGCCACGAUGUUCUUUUUUUUCCCCUCAUGGGUUUUAAUUUUUCAGAAAGUCCCUGUUGGCAUUUUAUCAAUCACCUUUCAGAAUUUCAUGUACAUCUCACCAACUAUAUUAUUGUCAUUAACCAUCCAAGAGGACUUUGUCACUUUGCCUAUGUCAUUGAUACAGCUGGCUGUUCACCUAACUCAGUCAGUUCUCUACAGCUGUUCAAUGACAUCCUUGAACCCGACAUCAAGGAGACCACACACCAUCCUGGAUUUGCAUCUUCUGCAUAAAAUGCUAGCCACAGAAUCAAAGUCAAACGUCGAAGCUUUGAAAAAUCAAAAAAAUUUAGCUGUUUUUGCUUUAAAUGUCUGCAUUAAUCCGGAUUUUGAGGAACACACAUUCUUCCCAUACUCUGCAUUAUUUGCUCAUAUGUAUUUUUUGCUGGUGUCAGAUCAAAUAUUUGUAUGUUGUUAUUUUUGUGUGCCAGGCAGUAUGUACUGUAUAACAAACUUAUGAACAUGCAUUUUCAAUAUCAUAUUUGAUUACAGGAAUC